AUGGCCAGCAAGUUUGGGCUCGCCGGCGGCAUCCCGGAGCGGCGGGUGAGGCCGAUCUGGGACGCAGUCGACUCGCGUCAGUACAAGGCCGCGCUCAAGCUCUGCACAGCGCUCCUCGCCAAGCACCCCACAUCCCCCUACGCGCUAGCCCUCAAGGCUCUUAUUCUGGAAAGGAUGGGAAAGCCUGAUGAAGCAUUGAGCAUGUCCCUGAAUGCCAAGGAGCUAUUGUAUUCUGACAACAUUUUUCAUUUUGAUGAUCUUACACUUAGCACUCUACAGAUAGUAUUUCAAAGGCUUGACCGAUUGGAUCUAGCUACUUCAUGCUAUGAGUAUGCCUGUACAAAGUAUCCAAGUAACUUGGAAUUGAUGAUGGGACUUUUUAAUUGCUAUGUUAGAGAGUACUCAUACGUGAAACAGCAGCAGACAGCUCUCAAAAUGUACAAAACUGUAGGAGAAGAAAGGUUUUUGCUUUGGGCAGUUUGCAGCAUUCAGCUGCAGGUGCAUUUUACCAGUGGUGGUGUGAAAUUAUUGGCACUAGCUGAAGCAUUGCUGAAGAAGCACAUAAAUUCUCAUAGUUUACAUGAGCCAGAAGCACUUUCUCUCUAUGUUUCAAUCUUGGAGCAACAGGAAAAAUAUGAUGCUGCUUUGGAAGUUCUUUCUGGAGACUUGGGGUCUCUUCUGGGAAGGGAGGAGGACAAGCUUCGUUUGCAGGGACGUCUUCUUGCUCAAGCAAGUAGCUAUCCGGCUGCUUCGGAAAUAUAUCAGAAGGUUCUGGAGUCUUGUCCUGAUGACUGGGAGUCCUUUCUCCAUUAUAUAGGAUGUUUGCUGGAGCAUGACGUGAAUCUCCCUAAACCAUCCACUAGCGAGCACACUUGUCCUUCUUGCUCUGUUGAUUCAGCAUUAUCCAACAAGACUUCUCUUAGCAAGGAGCUUGUUGAAUCUCGCCUUACAAGUGCGUUAUCAUUUGUGCAAAGUCUACAAGAAAAUAACUCAAGCGAUUGUGUCAGAGGACCUCAUUUAGCUAAUAUUGAAAUUGAACGGCAGCGGUGCCUCAAUGGAAACCCAGAUAAUAUCAAGCUUAUGGAAGCUUUGGUGAAGUACCUCCACAGAUUUGGUCAUUUGUCUUGCUCAGCAUCGGAUGUUGAAAUUUACCUUCACAUGCUAUCCAACAAUGAGAUGUCUGAGCUGCUAGAUGAAAUCACUAGAUCUUUUGAUGCAUCAUCAAUUUCAGUUAACACACUGGGUUCAACAAUUACUCUUUUCAAGGUCCAAGAACUUUUGGGAACUUUAUUCACAAAAUCAACUUCAGAACUUCAGGGCAUUGCAAAAAGAAUGGUUGAUACCUUUUACAAAAACCUGCCUCUCUCAAAUGACUUGGAUCCUCAGGAAAGCAUGUAUGGUGAAGAACUUCUGUCAAUGGCCAGCAGUAUCCUUGUGCAGCUAUACUGGCGCACCAGGGACUUAGGAUACCUACUUGAAGCAGUUUUGAUACUGGAGUUUGGAUUGACUGUUCGCAAGCAUGUCUGGCAAUACAAGAUUACUCUGGUGCAUCUUUACUCUUACCUGGGGGCACUUCCUUUAGCACAUAAAUGGUACACAACCUUGGAAGUGAAAAACAUUCUUCUAGAGUCUGUUUUGCACCACAUCUUGCCACAAAUGUUAAAUUCUCCCUUCUUGCAACAUGCUGCUGAUCUUGUUAAGGAUUAUUUGAAAUUUAUGGAUGAUCAUUUGAAAGAAUCUGCUGAUCUUACGUGUCUCGCAUAUAGACACCGUACAUACUCAAAGGUAAUUGAGUUUGUUCAAUUUAAAGAUCGCUUGCAUCGCUCCAUGCAAUAUCUUUCUGUAAAAUCAGAUUCUGUUAUGCUACAUCUGAAGCAGAAGGCAGACUCUCUUGAUGAAGUGGAGUCUAUUCUUGAAAGUGUUAGCCAUGGAACAAAGCUGGUUCAGCUAUCUAAUGAGGAUAGCAUCAAAGAUUUAACCUUCAACGAAGAUCUUGAUGCACGGCCUUGGUGGACGCCAACAAGCAGCGUUAAUUUUCUUUCAGAACCAUUUGAUGAAAGUUCAACACCUGCAAGCUAUAGCGCCAAAAUGUGCAAGCACAAAUCUAAUGAGAAGGAUGGUUCAAGGAGUAUUGGUUACUCUUUUGACGAUGCUCUAAGUGUUGUUCUGGGUAUCUCAUCUGGCAAGAAGGCUGUCAAGGAUUUUGCUCCUGAUAUAGUCAGCUGGAUGAGCUUUGCUGUGUUUAUCAAUGCUUGGAACUUGUGUUCCAAUGUGUCAGUGAUCCCUGGAACUGACCAAAGCAGCCAAAAUUCCUGGUGGAUUGUGGAUAACCUCGUCAAAACUUGCAUAGAUCAGCAAUUGACUGAUACCAAUCAAAUGCUGACUUCUCCAGGAAGCAAUAUUCCACUUCUAGCGUGGAUGGUGACAGAGCCCAUUUCCUGGCACCUUCUUGUAAUCCAAUCCUGUAUGAGAUCAAUGGCUCCACAAGGGAGGAAGAAGAAGAAAGGCGGUCCAUCUGAGCGACCAAACACACCUCACCUGCAGGCAAUUCGGAGCUCAGUUCAGUGCAUGGCUGACACUCUCCAGAGAGUCCAGAAAUGUCUGUCAGACCAGAUGAAGCCAGAAGAUCAAGCUCUGGACGUACUGGUGUCACAUUUGCAAGGAACCAGCGCCGAAGGCCCUGGACAGAUCACCCGUGUCUUGGAUGAGAGCGCAGCAGCUGCCAACUCCAAAAUCGGUGGCCGGAUCGCCCAUUCUCUAGAACCGUGGAGCUGUGCCUGUGUGAUGAGAAGAAUAGUUGGGGCUGAGAGUGAGACGAUAGCUGAGUUGAGGAAGAUAUGCACCUCGAAGCUGAAGCUCCUUGCGUCCGCAUCAGCUUCCCUGUCCUUAGUGUUGCACUAG